GGCUCCAGUGCGUCCCCGAGCGCACCGACGGCGCCCGCCAAGCCGCGAACACCCGCAGCCAGACACCGCCCGAGGCGCCCUCUCGUGAUGGCGAUGCGCUCCGUGCUGGCCCUGCUGCCGCUGCUGCGGGCUGCCUCCGCGGCGCCCGCCGCCGAGGCCCCGGCCCGCCAGCAGAGGGCCGCUGGCGGCGACGCCCCGGGCGCCGAGCUCGGCGGCUCCUGCGCGUACUACGGCUGCAGCGAGACGUUCCGGGUGAUGUGGGCCUGCCAGUGCAGCCCCGGCUGCGAGCUGCAGGACAACUGCUGCUCCGACUACGCGACCACGUGCCGCGCGCCCGCGCGCGCCCUCCUCGACGACGGCAGCGCCGCCAUGGCCCUGCGCAUGGACGACCGCGCGCCCUGGAAGCAGGAGGGCGAGCGCGACGGCACCCCCGCGGCGCCGCAGCCGGACGCUGCGGGCGGGCUCGCGGCGCCGAGGGAGGCGACGGGGAGCCUCCAGCACGACGCGCAGCAGGCGGCGCCGCAGCGCAGCACGCAGCUGGUGCAGCUGCCCUCGCAGCCCCUGACGCCAGCGCGCCCCGCCCUGCCGCCCGCGCCGAGCCCGCCGCCCCCGCCGCCGCCCGCGGAGCAGGCGCCGCAGGAGCCGCCGCGGCAGGCUCCGCAGGAGCCCGAGCCGGUCGAGAGGCAGACCCAGCAGACCACGGAGGACCUCCGGCCCAGGCCCGAGCCCGCCAGCCAGCUCGACCCGCCGCCGCCGAAGAAGAAGCCGUCCGCCUGGAUCCUGCCGCUGGCGGGGGCCUUCGCCGCGGCGGGGACGCUGCUCCUCGCCAUCGCGGGGGCGCGGCAGUGCUGCAGGGGCACCGCCGCGCCCCGGGGGCGGCCCGGCGCGGUCGCGCCCCUCCGCAGCCCCCGGGACAACUCGCCCCUGAUGGUGUCCCCCAGCCGCCAGGAUCCGUACGAGGAGGACGACAUCGUCAACAGCUUCGAGAGCCAGGUCAAGGAGGCGAAGCAGCGCGCGAAGAGCCUGACGCGCAAGUCUCACUCGCCCCCCGCAAGACCGUCCAGUCGCUGAGGCGCUGGAGGUGGGUCGGCGUCGCGCGGGAGUGGGCAGGGCAACGAGGUGUCACGGACUCGUCUCCUCUCUCUCUCUCUCUCUUGCUCCCUUGCCAACCUCUCCCCCUUUUUCUGGCUCCAUGCUCCCCCCCAGCUCCCAAUCUGCCUCUGACGGGCGGAUGCGCGAAAAGAUUCAGUUAAUGCUCAAUUUGGCUCCCCCCAAAGGGGGGGCGCGACCUGUGCACGCCUCAAGACCGCGGCGCUGAACCUUCAUGCUCCGAGGCCUUUCUGCUGAUUGCUUAUUCUCGAUGCUAUUGUCCUCAUCCUCACCUCCCUCGCUCACGUUUGACUCUCCAUCUUGCGACAAGCCCCUCAGCCGUGCCAGCAGCAGCGCAGCAGGGAUGAGGAGAAGUGUAAUUCCCGUUUCUGCCCAGUUCAUUGUCUGAGCCAGCGCAGGUCU